CCUUUCCCCUUCUCCCAGUCUUUAUACGGCUUCUUUCAUAAAUACUGUACACUGCAAACUCUACAGUGUUUAAUUACCCGAAGAAUCAAAAGACUCCAGAGAAAUCGAACCCUGCAUUUGUUGAAUCCAGAGGCGGAGCGACCGAGAAAUGGCUCUGAAGAUGGAUUGGGCUGGCGCGAAUGCGGCGGAAUCCGCCGUGAGGAUGAGAUUCGGAAUCGGAGGAGCUUCUCCUUCGUUUCCCGUCCGGAGGUCGUCGUCCAGAGUUUCCAUGGCUUCAAAUACGGCGAUGGUGACCGGGAACACGAAGAAACCUUUCAGUCCUCCAAAGGAAGUACACAUUCAAGUCAAACACUCUCUUCCGCCAGAAAAGAUAGAAAUUUUCAAUUCCUUGCAGAGUUGGGCUGAACAGAAUAUCUUGGUGCACUUGAAGCACGUUGAGAAAUGCUGGCAGCCAAGUGAUUUUCUUCCAGACCCUUCCUCGGAAGGAUUUCACGAACAGGUAAAGGAUCUCAGGGAAAGGUGCAAGGAGUUGCCCGAUGAUUACUUUGUGGUUUUGGUUGGAGACAUGAUCACAGAAGAAGCGCUACCCACUUAUCAGACUAUGCUAAACACACUUGAUGGUGUUCGGGAUGAGACUGGGGCCAGUCUUACCCCUUGGGCUAUUUGGACAAGGGCAUGGACAGCUGAAGAAAAUAGGCACGGUGACCUUCUUAACAAGUAUCUUUACCUGUCUGGAAGGGUUGACAUGAGGCAAAUCGAAAAAACAAUUCAGUACCUGAUUGGAUCUGGAAUGGAUCCGGGCACAGAAAACAACCCUUACCUAGGGUUCAUAUACACUUCAUUCCAGGAGAGGGCAACCUUCAUCUCCCACGGCAACACAGCCAGGCAAGCAAAGGAGCACGGCGACAUGAAACUCGCCCAGAUAUGUGGCAUAAUUGCUGCAGAUGAGAAGCGGCACGAAACGGCGUACACCAAGAUUGUGGAGAAGCUCUUCGAGGUCGACCCCAACCACACGAUACUGGCUCUCGCCGACAUGAUGAAGAAGAAAAUCUCCAUGCCAGCUCACCUCAUGUACGACGGCGAGGAAAAAAACCUGUUUGACCAUUUCUCUGCUGUUGCCCAGCGCCUUGGAGUGUAUACGGCCAAGGACUACGCGGACAUAUUGGAGUUUUUGGUUGGGAGAUGGGAAGUGGAGAAGAUCACCGGUCUUUCAAGUGAGGGAUGCAAAGCUCAGGAUUACGUCUGCGGAUUGGCUCCGAGGAUUAGGAAACUGGAAGAGAGAGCACAAGGAAGGGCCAAACAGAAGAAGAGUCUUGCUGUUCCUUUCAGCUGGGUUUUUGGCAGAGAGAUUAUGCUCUAAAAGGGUAAGUUCCCCUUAUAUUAUUACUCUCUUUUGUGGCAAAACCUUUAUUUAAAGAUCCCCAAAAGGAAUGAGUGGUGGCUCCUUUUUUUU